UAUACCAGCGCCGCUUGGUCAAACUGGAUGCCGAAUACCUGAGAUACUUCGACACUGAGAAGGACGUCUAUUCGAAGAGGAUCAUCCCUACAGUGUCCAUCACCGGCGUGGUCAACGUUGGCGAGCAGAAGUUUGAAGUGGUGACGCACAAUCGCACUUUCUUGUUCCGAGCCGAGAGCGAUUUGGAGCGGAGCGAGUGGGUGACGGUGUUGAAGAGCUGUGUCGGGGUGUCCCACGCACGCACCAGUCUGGACAUGACCUUUAACCCCUGCGUGAGCUACGAGAUGAAGGGUUACCUGGAGCUGCGCGGCCUGCGCUCCAAACUCUACACGGUGGUGUGUGCGGAUAAAGUCUUCCUCUACAAAAACACCGAGGAUUAUCGUCUGGGAAUCGGCAUCACCUCGAUCGAUAUGAAUGUUGGUAAUGUGAAGGAAGUGGAUCGGAGAGCGUUUGAUCUGACCACAGCGUACCGCAUAUUCAGUUUUGUAGCGGAUACGGACCAGCUGAAGGGUCAGUGGGUGGAGGCCAUGCGCAACUCUGUCGCAGAGGCCUUGUCCAAUUAUGAAGUUGCUGAGCGCAUCUGGAUGGAGCCGUCCAAUCAGAUGUGUGCCGACUGCAGCGCUGCCAAACCUGAGUGGGCCGCCAUCAACCUGGCCGUGGUUUUCUGCAAGCGAUGCGCAGGAGAGCAUCGCGGUCUCGGUCAGAGCAUAUCUAAAGUACGCAGUCUCAAAAUGGACAAGAAGGUCUGGACUGAUGAUCUCAUCCAGCUGUUCCUUGCUCUAGGAAACGAACGAGCCAAUCAGUUUUGGGCGGCAAACGUCCCUCCCAGCGAGGCCUUGACCCUGAACAGCAGCAGCGAGGAGCGACGCCGCUUCAUCACGGCAAAAUACCGCGAGGGGAAAUACCGCCGAUAUCACCCGCUGUUCGGAAACCAGAGAGAACUCAAUAACGCGCUGUGCAUUAACGUUCAGUCGAGCGAUGUGUGCGAGACGCUGGCGCUGGUGUUCUGUGGCGCUGAUGUGAGCUGCGACACCGGCGACCCCGAGCUGCCCUCCCCGAUCGCUCUGGCCCAACACCACGGACAGAACCUGCAGCUGGAGCUCCUCAUGCAGAACCGCAACACAGAACUCCCGAGGUCAGAGGUGAAGGUUGCCAUAGAUAGGGUGCACUACAUGGCCCCGCCCUCAGUCACACAUAAUGGAUUUCUGUUUAAGACCGCCUCCAUGGCUCGACCAAUCACAGAGAAGAAGGGAAAAGAAGAGUUCAGUCGGCGCUGGUGUGUGCUGAAUGACGGGAAUUUUAGCUACUAUGAAAGUGACAAAAACGCUACACCGAACGGAGGAUUGAAGAUGAAGGAGAUCGUCUGUCUGGCUGUCAGCCCUCCUGAGACUCAUGGGUACGAUCACACGUUUGAGCUGUACUCGGACGCCGAGCGCUUGUAUCUGUUCGGCACUGAUAAUCCAGAGACCAUGCACGAGUGGGUCAAAUCCAUCGCAAAGUCGUUCAUUCCCGCGGCUGCGGAGGAUCUGUUACUGAAGGACUUCGAGCGCAUCGGCCGGCUGCGUUAUAAAGAUAGACUGAACCGGGAGAUGUCGAGACUGGGCUGGUUCUGUUUGGUGGGAUCCAACCUGCACAUCCGGCUGGAGGAGCACACCGCAGACGAGACCAUCGACCUGCAGAAGCUGCUGGAGCUCUGUGAGUCACAAAAUGCCACCAAAAUCAACAAAUUGAUUGACAAAUUGACAAAAAUGCAACCGAAAUACGUCUCAUUUUCACAACACCUCUCUGUGUUACAGUCGUUCAUUCCUGCGGGUGCGGAGCAUCUGUUACUGAAGGACUUCGAGCGCAUCGGCCGGCUGCGUUAUAAAGACAGACUGAACCGGGAGAUGUCGAGACUGGGCUGGUUCUGUUUGGUGGGAUCCAACCUGCACAUCCGGCUGGAGGAGCACACCGCAGACGAGACCAUCGACCUGCAGAAGCUGUUGGAGCUCUCGAUCCAGCCGGAGAAUGAGGUUCUGGUUCUGGUGGAGCGAGGCAGGACGCUGUACAUCGAGGGCGAGAGGAAGCUGGACUUCCUGGGCUGGGCGGCAGCCAUCCAGAGGAAUGCUGGGAGUUCUGGAGACACACUGAGUCAGCAGCAGCUGACGGAGGCCGACAUUCCCGUGAUCGUGGAGCGCUGCAUUCAUUUCACCACUCAAUACGGUUUGACCUCAGAGGGAAUCUACCGUAAGAGUGGUGUGAACAGUAAGGUCGCCGCCCUGCUGGAGGAGUUCAGACGCGACGCCAGGUGCGUUUGGCUGAAGGAAGGUGAACAUCAGGUGGAUGACGUCUCCAACGUCCUCAAGCGCUUCUUCAGAGGCAUCGAGGAGGGAUUGUUUGGCCUGGAGGCGCACAGCUGGCUCAGCGCUACAGGUUUAGACCACUGGAAUAUUAUGAAAUUAUAUAUUAUUAUUAUUGUUACGUUUCCCCGAGUCAAUCAGGCGACACUACGAGCGCUAGUUAAUCAUUUAUACUGCGUCCAGCGGUUUGCGGAUCUCAAUCAGAUGAAUCUUCACAAUCUGGCCAUCGUGUUCGGUCCGACUCUCUUCCAGGCGGACGGGAAGGACUACAGCGCCGGCCGAGUCAUCGAGGAUCUCAUCCAACACUACGUCACUAUAUUCGAUGUGAACGAGCAGCAGCUGAAGAAGCAGUUAGAUGAGAUCACAUACAUCAUAAAGCUCAGAGACAACCUCGCGCCUAAAGCUGGAACGGGCAGUGGUGAUUUUAUCUGUACAGUUUACUUGGAGGAGAAGAAGGAAACAGCUGAACAGCAUGUGAAGAUUCCCGCCACGAUGACGGCAGCAGAACUGACCUUUGAGAUUCUGGACAGACGGAAAAUCAGCGUUAAGGAGAAAGACUACUGGUGCUGCUUUGAGGUGAACGAGAAAGAGGAAAUGGAGCGGCCGCUGCACUAUCAGGAGAAAGUGCUGCCCAUCUUUCACUCUCUGGGCACUGACAGUCACCUGCUGGUCAAGAAGCACUUCUCCAUGGAGACCAUGCUGGUCUAUCUGGCCAGUAAAGUGGAGGUGUCCAAACACGGUAUGAUGAAGUUCAGAGAGGAGAGGAGUCUUCUGGGUUUGAGCACCGGGAGCUUCAAUGACCGAUACUUCAUCCUAACCAGCACCUCACUCAGACUCUAUAAAGAAGUCCGGAGUAAUCGUCCCGAGAGAGAGUGGCCCGUCAAGUGUCUGAAAGUCUAUCACGGCAUGAAAAAGAAGCUCCGUCCACCGACAUGUUGGGGUCUCACAGUCGUCUAUGAAAGUGAGAAACAGGAAAAGCAGGAGAGACAGCAGUGGUAUCUCUGCUGUGACACACAGAAUGAAAUGAGGGAGUGGUUUGCUACGUUCAUGAGCAUACAGGUCAGUCUGAGAGGAUCACAUCAGCGUCCAUUAAUGCAUUAA